CUUCGUACAGUACAAUGACGGUUACUGAUUGUUGACUUUUCCAGCCGACAAAACUGCUUCCCGGCGGCUAUUUGUGACAUUAAAUGACAUUUUAAUCCACCACAAGUCAACAACGUGGAUUUACGGUUUGUUUUUUUUAACGGGACCACGCUGUUUUGUCGGCUUUCACCCACCUGACAACAACGCAAACGGAGCAAUGCCUGGGAUUUUCGUACAGUGUUGUUAGCCAACGAGCUAACACCGGCAAACUGUCAGCGGAAUAAUGGAGAGUUAUCCCGAAGCCUCCGCCGACAGUCAGACGCUUUCCCCCGGUGUCUGCAGAGGACCAAACCCGGAGCUGAGGAAACUGCUGGGUUUUAAAGUGUACAAGAGACGCUGGUUUGUGCUGCUGGUGUUGUGUUUGUUAAACUGCUCCAACGCUACGUUAUGGCUCACCUUUGCACCAGUAGCAGAUCAGUCUGCCACGUUCCUGAGCGUCAGUCUGGAGGAGAUCAACUGGUUGUCGCUGGUCUUCAUGGUGGUGGCCAUACCGCUCAGCUUCGGGACCACUUGGAUGCUCGACACGCUCGGCUUACGGAUCACGCUGAUCUUAGGUGCCUGGCUGAACAUGCUCGGAGCCCUGCUGCGCUACAUGGGCACGCCACUGUACAAAGGUUUCACGUUCCAUUACUCGAUAGUGAUGCUGGGUCAGACCCUCGCUGCCCUGGCUCAGCCCCUCAUCAUUUUCACCCCCACCAAGGUGGCAGCUCUGUGGUUCCCCGAGCAUCAGCGUGCCACGGCGAACAUGAUCGCCUCUAUGUCCAACCCCCUCGGCGUCCUCCUUGCUAACAUCAUCUCUCCUAUGAUGGUAGAAGCACCAAACAAAAUCCCAGCACUGCUGCUUGCCUAUGCAGUGCCGACAUGCAUCAUCUGUUUCCUAGCAACAGUGGGGAUACGGAGCAGCGCCCCCCCGACGCCACCAUCAGCGAGUGCCGAGUCCUCCGGAUCAGAGCCCUACGUACAGGGCAUCAAACUGUUACUGAGGAACAAAGCCUACCUCAUCCUGCUGCUGUGUUUUGGCUCGGGCAUGGCUGUCUUCACCUGCUUCUCCACGCUGCUGGAGCAGAUCCUGUGCGUGCAGGGAUACGCCGAUGACUUUGCUGGAUUGUGUGGCGCUCUCUUCAUCGUGUUCGGGAUUAUCGGCGCCGGCGCUCUGGGUCUGUACGUCGACAAGACCAAGAAGUUCAUCGAAGCCACAAAGAUCAACAUGAGCUUCACUGCUCUGUCAUGCAUCGCCUUCUCGGUGGUUUCUCUGAUGCCGCAGCAGAAAGCCGCCGUGGCCGUCGUCUGCGCUCUCUUUGGCCUGUUUGGUUUCUCCAUUUACCCGGUGGCGAUGGAGCUGUCGGUGGAGUGUUCGUAUCCAGUUGGAGAAGCCACAUCUGCUGGACUUGUCUUCGUAUCAGGACAGGUUCAGUCUGUUCUCUACAUCAUCCUCCUUCAGGCUUUAACCAAACGGAUCAGCGCUCCUCUGGCCACCUGUGGAGAUGCCGUCCUGAGCUGGAAGGUGCCCAUGUUGGUGCUGGCAGGAAUCUGCACUUUGUUCACCUGCUGCUUCCUCAUCUUCUUCGACACUCGCUACAGACGACUGGAGGCCGAAGAAGAGGCCACUUAUGGGACUAAACAAAGCAGCAAGUCGAGCAGCAGUGAGGACGCUCCGAGUGUGGAGGCGUGAAACCGCUUAAAACAAAGGGAAUUAUGGGUGAGGUCGUAGUUUAGUUACUUUUAGGUUUUGAUGUUGCUGACAUUCCUGAGCACAUAGAUUCUUUUGUACAUCUGGGCCAAACUUUUUGGGUACGUUGUUGCUUCUAACUGUAAAUGGAAUAAUCUGAUUUUUUUUUUACGCACAAAAAAAGUUGUGUUAAGGAGGUGAGUUUGUGUAGAUCAUUAAAUAACCAGUCUGUUAUGGGUACAGAAUGCAAUAAUUAUGUGUAUUUAAAUCAUCGUGACAUUAACACAAACUUUGAUUCAGAUACUGGGAGAGAAAAUCAAACCUACAAAGUGAGUCUGAAUGAGUCGCUGGUGCAGAAUUAAACCAUAUAAUUAUUAGACAGGAAGCUGCAGACUUCUGAUUCCUCCAAAUUUGUUGCUGUGGUGAGAAAACACACACAGAUCCUGAGUUUCCUCAAAGCAGCAUGCAGUUACUUUGUUUACACGGGUGUCAAACACCCAAAUGAUCAGGUUAGUGGUAGUUAGUAGUAUUUGGAGAAAAUAAUCACAGGUACUGUAGCACUCAGCAGCAGUGUGGUCGCUCUUAGAAACACUCUGGUAAAACGCAUAUUUACCAUUUUCGGUGAAACUGAAGAUGUAGCUCCACUAACUGUCAGAGAGUUGUUAGCAUGCUCAGUUCAUGUUUCUCUCUCCCUCACCACACUGACUCAUGUUCAGCUUCAGAACACAGCAGCUUUAUAGGACCAGUAUGUAGGGUUUAGUUACAUCUAGCGCUGAGGUUGCAGAUUGCAACUUUCUAAGCAUAAAGGAGAACCUUCUGCUUUGACAAAAACACGAGACACCCACAUCAAGUCAGGAGCACCAGAGGACUGAAUACUAUGAAGCCAGUUUGACAGAGCCGGGCUUUCUUUAUGUGAGUCGACUCGACAAAAACUAAAACCUCAGUCAGAGUUAACGGCUAUCAUAAGGGUGGCUUUCAAUUUUCUCUGUCAACUCAGACUUCCUGCUUCAAACUCUGUUCACAUAAAAUGGGACGUUUAACGCGUCCUGUGAUUCUUCUUCCACACAAAAUGAAACUAUGGCGUGCAGCUGCUUCAGUCAACAGGUUGGAGAAAAAUGAGGAAUAGAAACAUUUCUGACGGUUAAACGCUGCUACUGCAAAUAAUGCAAAACAGGGAUGCUGGUAGAAAACUGUUAGACAUGCUUUCAUGUAUUGUUUUACCGAUCAAUGCAGCUGAUUAUUGAUAACACUCAGCAGCACAAUAGAGCUGUUCAACUUCAUCUAUUUAAGCACAAUAUUGUCUUGAAGUGCAUUUCGGUCUGACAAAUGCAGGAAAUCACUUUAAAUUGUGAACAAAUCAAAGUGAAACUGAUGCUACUGAUUAUUCUCUAUAAUAAAUACCAGUAGAACAAAUCAGUGUUCUAUCAGCUGCAGUACCGGCAUGGAGAUGGACUUUACAGCAAAUCAAGACCAAACAUAAAAACAUAUUCAUACGAUUUCUGCAUCACCAGCUGAGUACGUGUGAGGUUCCCAUGGCAACACGAUGCAUACAGUGUGUGAUACUGCAACUGCACGGCUUCAUUCAGUGGUUUUAGUAACAUACAGAUGUAAGUCUCAGUGUUACACAUGAGUGCAAAGAUGAACAAAAUUAGCUUUACAAGUGAAGAGUUGUAAUAUUUAACAAAGAUCCGUUUUAGAGGGAGUGUAUGUUCUCAGGUUAAAUUCAACAUUCACUAUCCCAAACAUAAAGUCAUGAGUCCUUUACCCUUUUAAACUAGAAACAGUUUUUAUAUUAGCGAAAUGGUAAAUAUACCAACUGACACGAGGCUCAAGCUUUACACAGUAGGAUGCUCCAUACAUGAGAUGUAAAUCUAAACUCUGAACCUGGACCAGGUUAGUGCCACGGCGUCGGUUACCAUGGUGACCUAGCAGGAUAAAACGGACACCCUCAUGAUACUGAGAACUCUGACUUUCAGCUCAGCAUAGCUCACUGCCCCACUAAGCACGUCUGUUUCCUUCAACGUUCACAUCCAUGAAUUCAUCCUUCAGACUCAGAAUAUCAGAGCAAAGUUCUGCUCUAACGUCCUGAUGGAGAACAUUCAGCGUGAGUGACCUGAACCUUGACGGCAUGUUAGGUGCUCCCCGUCACAUAGUGGUGAUAAACAGACGUUUUCUGGCCAAAACAACAGAAUUGCCACAUCUUCCCCAUCCGCAAAAUGAAAUUGAAGUUGAAGGGCGGCCAUUUUGACACCGUUUAAGAGAUUUAGUGCUGGUCACAGAUUUUCAGGAAGCACUGCAGACGGUGCAGGAGCUCUGGGAGCUGUGCAUCUCUGCACUAGGAAACUACCUCACUGGGGAUGGCAGCCAAAUGUACAUCAGGCUAUUUUCAUAAUGUACAGUCUGAAGUUUCCAAUAAAAGGUUCAAUCUAAGCAAACAAAAACAAUUUGUAGGUGAUUAUUAACAAGACAACAAUGGAAGCUGCAUUCCAUCACUGGUAAAACAGCCAUCUAAAUCCUACAUGCUGGUUCUUUAAGCUGCAGUGAAUUCAUGUGUGUUUACAGAAAAUGACUUUUUCUUUUUGAUGCUCUGAGACGGACAACAAAACCAGAAGUCUCGUCUCAUCAUUUUGUGUGUCAAUCUGUUCUUCUAAAACCACUAUUAAAGCUACCGUUUGCCAACAUGCUCCAAAUAAAAUGUAUAACUUUACAGGUUUAUUUUGCAGAUUUCUAAAAACCUUUAGAAACAAGCACCUGGAAGUGAAACCAGACUGUUUCCAGUCAGAUAAACCCAACAAUACAUAUUUUACAACAAUAUUGACUAAAUAAUACUGUUGUGCCACUGCAAAGAAAAAACAAAACACUGCUUUAACUCCCUUUUAGUGCCUUAUUUUUGUAUGUAAUGCUGCUUUCUUAAGGACUGCAGGUUUUCUGAAACCUUGCAGAUGGAGGCAGUUGUUGGUUUUGUGCAAUAAAAGACAAACUGUACUGAUUCUGUCAAAAUAAACUGAUGCCAAAUCA